AUUGACUGGAGGAGAGAAGAAAAGAAAAAAAAGCUAGACAACCAAGUUUAGAAGCAAAUUUUUUCCGUAGGCACAGAUUCGAAAGUGGGAAGGAGCUUCUUGCUCUAUGAUUUUGUUUUAGUUCAAAGUGAUUCCGCUCGCGCUGUGUAGAGCCGACCGUGGCGAUGAUUCAUAAUCAAUGCACGGUGUAGUUUGCUGUGCUGUGUGUGUGGAUUGUUUUCGGUUUGUUUAGUGCAGUGCCUGGGCUGCCUGAAUUAGUAAACAAAGGAUUUGCCCGUGUGUUGGCCAAUGCCAGCGAGCCCAGAUAAGCAGCAUCACACCUGAGACCAAAAGCCAACUGGAGCACCACCCCUUCUCCUCCUGUCCCCUACCUCCCCGCUCUUCAUCCGUAUAAGGGCAUCGAGGCACGGCCGAAGGACAACAGGCAACGGAACGGCAAAGCAGCAGCAGCAGCAGCACCGUCGCAGCCACACGAUGCCUCCGUACCGCUACCCGACCCACAACUUUACGUACGUCAGCUCCUGCGUGAAGUAUAUGAUAUUUCUGCUCAACUUCAUCUUCUGGCUGUUUGGCGGACUGCUGAUCGGGAUCGGGUUUUACGCGUUCGUCGACAAAUGGCAGGCGACCGGGCUGAUCAAGCUCGAAACGUUCUACGACAUCGUGCUGAACCUGUCGCUGGUAAUGAUCAUCGCCGGGGCGAUCGUGUUCGUGGUCAGCCUGGCCGGCUGUCUCGGGGCGCUGCGCGAAAACACCUGCCUGCUCAAGUUCUACUCGCUCUGCCUGCUGAUCUUCUUCCUGUGCGAGAUGGCCAUCGCCAUCACCGCGUUCGUGUUCCCGCACAAGGUGAACGCGGUGCUGGAGGAAUCGUUCACCGACAAAAUCAUCACCACCUACCGGGACGAUCCGGACCUGCAGAAUCUCAUCGACUUUGCGCAGCAGGAGUUCCACUGCUGCGGGCUUAGCAACGAGGGCUACCUCGACUGGGGCAAGAACGAGUACUUCAACUGCUCGUCGCCGAGCGUGGAAAAGUGCGGCGUCCCGUACAGCUGCUGCAUCAACGCGACCGACAUCAGCUCCGGCCUGGUGAACAUCAUGUGCGGCUACCACAUCCAGCAGCAGUCGGUGGCCGCGGCCAGCAAGAAGAUCUGGACCAACGGGUGCAUCGAGAUCGUGCGCGUGUGGGCCGAACGGAACCUGUACGUGAUUGCGGGCAUUGCGCUCGGGGCCGCCAUCAGCCAGCUGUUCGUCAUCUAUCUCGCCAAAACGCUCGAAGGACAGAUCGAUCUGCAGAAGAGUAGCUGGUCAUAGUGAAUUUACGUCGGGUGGAGUGCUGGUGGUGGCGGUGGCGGUGGUUGCGGUCGGCCAGUGUAAAGAAAAACUGCAAGCGCGAACGCAAACACACAAUCGAAGCAAGACAUGACUGAGGAGGAAGAAGAAGCAAACAAAAUUCAAAAAAAACCCAGCACAAUGGAAGUGUUUUGUCGUCGUACAAGCGCAAGGCAGCAGCAGCAGCAGCAGCAGCACAUCAUUUCCCUUCAUCUCGUUCUUCGUAGUCAUUCAGCAUAAUCAUCACAACACGCACCACAUAGCAAAGCGUGUGGCUGCUGUUGGUGGCGGUGGUGGGUGAGUGAGGUUGUAAUAGUAAAUGCGCCCUCUCCCCCCCCCCCCGCCCCCCUCUCCGGUUCAGCUCCAUUCAUCUAUCCAUCCAAGUAUCCAUCGCUCUGCAUUGCUAAAGAUGUGUCCGCUUUCCACCCCUCCUCCACCCUUCGGUGCGCGCCACCGUCAACGAGCUGUGAGAUGAUCAUUUGCGGUUAAAAAGUUUGCGCAAACGCUCCGCCGCUUCGGGGGUUAAGCAAUUAUCUUGAGACAUAAGCAAACGCGCGAGGGCGCACGAGCGCGCACACAGACACGUUGGUUAGUUGGGCGGUGUGGACCGACGAUGAUUCAAAAUUUUGCAACAAAUAAUGCACUGUUCGGUGAGAUUGUUUAAUCGCAUGUAAGUUAUUCUGAUCACCAUAUUUCGGUGGGACUCUGGAUUCAGCAAACUGUUUGUUUCUCCCCUCUAUUGCAUUUAGUAUUAUUGCUCUUGCUGAAUCCGCUUUCCAUACUCACUAUUAGCUCCAUUCCCUUUCCCCUUGUGAAACCCGUUUUGUCGCUGUUUUAUUUCAGCUCCGAAUUUUACAAAAGCGCUAGUUUUUAAAGUUUAUUCCUCCCCCCUACUAGAGCCAGAGUGAAAGGUGAACUUUUGUGGGAUGUUCGCGUCGAUUUUCGCUGCACAAGAACGACUGAUAUGCACAAGAGCAGACUGGAUAAUGAUUUACAAAGAAAGACAAAAAACAAGCCGUUUCAAACGUACGCUAAAUGUUUAGGCGCUAUCGUUUAGUGUUCAGCUAAAGUUAAAUGCAAGACCGCACUCGUUCGCAAAACCCCCGUAAGACUCAACACACAAACAAAACAAGAAAAGGAUUCGUGUAUCUCAAUUUAUACAAUCUCAAAACGACGUGUCGCGUGGCUGGGUAGCAGAAUAUCAAAUGUAUCUUUUUAAUGCGCAAAACGUUUCGUGAUGUUUCUUCCUGAUUCGUGUUAGCGAUAUACUAGAUAACGUGUAACAGCAACAAUAUUCCAACAAAGCGUGCAUGUAGUAGCGAGAAGAAGCAGAUGAAGCCGCACCGCUUGCUCGCUCCAUGUUUUCAUGAUUCCAUGUUUUAAAAGUAAGGGACAGCCAGGAGAGCAUAUUUGAAAUCGAAUAACGGAGGCAAGGUUUAAACAUCAGAACGUAAGGACUGUGCUUGAUCUAAAAAGGAUUAAAAAAAAAUAAUAACACAAAAAAAUACUUAUAAGCCAAUUCUAUGUCAUAUAUUUGUAAAGCUCAAUAGAAUUGUAUGAAAUAGGUAUUUGAAAAUGAAUAAAGCAAAGGUGUAAACCGUG